AUGAGUGAACUAUUACCUACGAUAUUGGGAGUCUGUCUUGUGGAUUUCCAUCAUAAGAGAGGUCCCGAAGUGGAAUAUUGGUACGGGCUGCCCGAUAGUUGUAAUACGAACGAACUAUGGCCUAAUUUACCCUUCCAAGCCUUACCUGAUGGAUCUCAUUCGUUUGAGGAGACUUUCACUUAUUUCACAUUGCUUUAUAAUGAAAGGAGGAAAUGUAGCCCCGAGAAUCAAGGUGGUGCCUCUAAUUUACCCGAUGAUGAAUUGAGUGAUUAUACAACGUUAUUUGCGAUAUCUUGUUCCAGGCAGAUAGAUAGUGAUAAGUUAACACAUAAGAGUUUAGAUGUGACUAGAUCAACCGUGCAAAAAGCAGUAGUGGUUAUUGCUAGGAAACCUAUAUUUGGACAAAUCAAAGAUAAGCUAAGCAUCGUCACUAAUGCAUUCUUCCUUCAACAUGAUUUUGGAGAUAAAAGCAUUAUUAUUUCACUUUGUGAAAAUCUCAAAUCUAUUUAUAAUCAAGUGGAACCAAUUUCUUCGGUAGAUAAUGGAUUGUAUGUCGGACUUUGCCUCCGUAAGAUAUUGUAUGAUUUCAAGAAAGAUGUUUUGUUGAUAAUAAAGGCGUUACUGUUGGAGAGAAGAGUUAUAUUUUAUGGUAGUGAUGUGGAGCUGCUUUGUAAUUUGCAGUUUGGAUUGUUGAGUUUAAUUCCUAAUCUAAUCUCAAACUUACAAGAUUCUGGUAGUCCUCUACUAUAUAAUGAUUUGAGUCAAUUGAAAGCGGCAGAUUCAUUUAAAUCUAGUGAUAGGCAGUCAGUCUUACGGUUUCUCGGGUUACCACUUCAAAUAUUUGAGAAAGGUGGUAUGUUUUCUCCAUAUACUCCUUUGCAACAGGUGAAUGAUAUUAAAUCUGAAAUGACAAAAUUUUUCAUUGUUGGUACAUCAAAUUCACUUUUGUCGGAACAACGAGAUGAAUUGUGUGACAUUUUCAUCAAUGUGGAUGAGAAAUCAGUAGAUUUGAUUGAUAAAAGUUUAGCUCCCAUAUUACAGUUAACUUCACAUGACAAGAAAUGGAUUGAAUCCAUUGUUUCAUUGGUGACGGAUACAUGGAAUGAAAAUGAUGAGGAGACACCUAAAAAUUCACAGUACGAAGGUAGUGAGGAUUUCAUAAGAUGGCAAUUUGAAGACUACUUUACUGGUUUACUAUCAUCUGUGAAAAUUUACGACUAUAUUGUAAAAUGUAAGGAGAACGCUAUCAUACCACAAUCGAUUCCCGAAGAAUGGGUGGAUUCCAAGCCAAUACACUUAUUCAAUAUUAAUUGGCUACAGCAAUGGGAAACUACUCAAAAUUUUAAGAUAUUCAACACCAUUACUGAUGAUAGAUUAUUUGAUUUAUUUCCACCAAAGCAUCCAUAUAAUGGGGUAGAUACACUAAAGGUCCUUCAACAAAAACUAGCUGCAACAUUUCAAAAUCUGAAAAGAAACAAUAGUAUUGCCACAGAAAAAGAUUCAGUGAUACUUUUGAAAGCCACAGAAUCGUUGGAUGAUAGCAAUACGACCCAUUCAGAAACGUCGCUAGCUACAACACCGUCUAUCGUAUCAACAUCUUCAAGUAAAGAGCGAUUACAACCGAACGUAUGGACCUCCUGGAAAGAUUAUUUCAAUAAAAAGAAGAUUAAAGGGUCCGCUAACGAAACUGAGAAUGUGCAAUCUUUAUCUACAGAGGAACUGGAUACUAAGGAAUCGUCGCCUGAAAAUCCAGCUAAGAAAGUAUUUGAGAAUGCACUUUUAGGAUUGGGUUUCCACCUCCCGAAUCAUAGACAAGAGGUGACCGAAAUAGCUGAAGUAAAAGAUAAUGAAUCUACACCAGACACAGCAGAAAGGGACAAGGAAUCAGUAGUACUGGUUGAAUCUGCUUCUAAUGAUGAUAAAGUGGACGAAUCUAUUGAGCAGGAGAGUGAUGCUGAGCCUACUCCUGACAAUAACGUUGGUGAAUCUGUUAAGCAGGACAAUAACACUAAAUCUUCUAAUGAUGAUAAAGUGGACGAAUUUAUUGAGCAGGAGAGAGAUACUGAGCCUACUCCUGACAAUAACGUUGGUGAAUCUAUUAAGCAGGACAGUGACACUAAAUCUACUAAUGAUGAGAAAGUGGACGAAUCUAUUGAGCAGGAGAGUGAUACUGAGCCUACUCAUAAUGAUAACGUUGAUGAAUCUAUUAAGCAGGACAGUGACACUAAAUCUAUUAAUGAUGAGAAAGUAAACAAGCCUAUUGAGCAGGAGAGUGCUACUCAAUUCACUGAAGUUAUAUCAGAGCAAUCGACGUCAAUUGUUAAACCAACACAGGAGUUAAGUCUUGACGAUAGUGAAGAUCUAUAA